AUGGAGUCCAGUCGUGUGAACUUUUCUGAAGAAUGUGUGAAGAAGUUCAACGAGAGUGCUAGUCUCUUUCUCGCCACUGAACAGUCGAUGGUAGCUAUCGCCAGCCGGUUUGCUCAUUUGGGUCUAGACAGUUUUCACAAAUACGCCAGUCGGUGUGCUGCCCGAGUCCGUUCGAAGGCCAGCCUGAUGAUCGAGUUUCAGGUUAAGAGAGGAGGAAUCUUCCAUUUCUCUGAAGAUAUUCCAGCUCCAGAACUUCCAGCCACUGAAGAGACUGAUGCCUUGCGUCUAUUAGAGUGGAUUCACACCGCCAAACGAAUGAUGCAGACACAACUGAAUGAGACGUACAGAGUAGCACAACAGAAUGAGGAUGUUGUCAGCAUGGAGUUCCUUCAAGAAAACCUCCUUGACCAGCUGAAUGCGUCAAUUCAACAUGUGCAAGAGCACAUUGGGAGUCUAGAGAACAGUCAUUCGGCCUACCUCUAUGACCAUCUCACCCUAAAGCCGAAAUUUGAGGAAACGGAUGAAUAA